AUGUCGCUCUCAGCAGACGUCAAGAUCCCGGAGUUCACUCACACGUCCACCGACGACAUCUACCGCCUCACCGACACCCUGCGCGCCACUUUCCGCUCCAACAAGACCAAGGACCUCAAGUGGCGUACUCUCCAGCUUCGGAAGCUCUACUGGGCCAUCAAGGACUUCUCCCCCCAGCUUUGCGAUGCCCUGCGCAAAGAUCUGAGGAAGUGCAAGCAUGAGGCCCUUCUCUCCGAAGUCGAGUGGGCCGCCAAUGACUGUCUCUACAUGAUCAAGAACCUCGAGAAGUUUGCCAAGGAAGAGACUUGCGAGGAUGUGCCGCUCACCUACGCCGCCCUGAAGCCGCGCAUCCGCAAGGAGCCUCUCGGAAUGGCUCUUGUCAUCGGCGCCUUCAACUUCCCCGUCCAGCUGACACUCCUGCCCAUCAUCGGUGCCAUCUCCGCCGGCUGCACCGCUGUUCUGAAGCCCUCGGAGAGCGCCCCGGCUACCGCCAUGGUUCUCGUCAAGAUCUUCGAGGCCGCCCUCGACCCCAAGGCCUACCAGGUCGUUAAUGGCGCCGUCAAGGAGACCCAGGCUCUCCUCGAUGUGAAGUGGGACAAGAUCAUGUACACCGGUAGCACCGCCGUUGGCAAGAUCAUCGCUAAGAAGGCCGCCGAGACCCUCACUCCCGUCACCCUCGAAUUGGGUGGUCUCAACCCUGCCUUCGUCACCAAGAACGCCAACGUCAAGCUGGCCGCCCGCCGUCUCAUGUGGUCCAAGUGUCUCAAUGCCGGCCAGGUCUGCAUUUCCCAGAACUACAUUUUGGCCGACCGCGCUAUCGUCGAGCCUCUUAUCCAGGGCCUGAACGCCACUUACAAGGAGUUCUUCCCCAGCGGCGCCAAGAACAGCCCAGACUUCUCCCGCAUUGUCAACAAGAAGUCAUUCCAGCGCAUCAAGAAGAUGCUCGACGAGACCAACGGCAAGAUUGUCAUGGGUGGCGGUUUGGAUGAGGACCAGCUCUUCAUUGAGCCUACUGCGGUCCUCGUCGACUCCAUGCUCGAUUCCGUGAUGAAGGAGGAGUCUUUCGGCCCCGUUUUCGCCAUCAUGCCGUACGAUACGCUCGACGAUGCGAUCAACAUCGCCAACCAGGUGUACAGGACGCCUCUGGCGCUUUUCACAUUCGGAAGCGACGCGGAGAACGAGAGAAUUCUCAACGAGGUCACUUCUGGCGGUGCUACCAAGAACGACGCCUUCUUCCACGCAUCCAUCUCGACUGUUCCCUUCGGUGGUGUUGGUGAGUCCGGCACUGGUAACUACCGCGGUCGGGCGUCGUUCGAAAUGUUCACCCACCGCCGUUCUGUCGCCCAGACGCCGUCAUGGCUCGAGAAAUUCAUUCGCGUGCGCUACAUGCCGUACUCUCCCAAGGAGCUUGCUCGCCUGUCUGGCAUGACCGCCUCCAAGCCUGACUUCGACCGCAACGGCGUCCAGGUUCGCGGUCUGGGAUACUGGCUGAGUUUCGUUGCUGGUCUCGGUGCGAAAGGUGCUAAAGGUGCGUUGUUGAGAUGGCUAGUGGCCUUGGUAAGUAUGUACACCCUAACCCAGCGAAGGAAUCAUUAG